AUGCGUCCCUUCGUCUACCGUUUUCUUCCCGAACGAGCUGCCAUUACCAGGCAAUGGGUCAGGGGUCGGAGAAGAGUCCAGGCAUGCAUGCAAGAACGAACAAUGAAGGGUGGCAUUCUGGAGAAUCCUCCUUCUAUGUUAGACCACUUGAGCUCGGGGAAGAACUCACACAUGGCGGACGACCUUGAGAAGCAAGUUCUGUUUCAGAUGACCUUGGUUGCUGUUGGCACUGUCACCACAUUUGCAUCGACAGUACAGGCAGUCUAUGACCUUGUCAUGCACCCGGAGUACAUUCCGAUUCUCCGAGACGAGAUUGAGUUGGUGCCUGUUGACGAGAAUGGCAUGUUCACCAAGGAGGCCAUUACAGCCAUGCAAAAGCUUGACAGCUUUAUCAAAGAGAGCCAACGUCUAGCAGCUGCUGACUUAAGUAAGUUUCGAUGCAUCUCUCAAGGAACUCGCAUUCGUACUGACACGACAAAAGGCACUUUUCAACGUGCUGCGACAGCUAAUAUGACUUUACCUGACGGGACAUUUGUCCCCAAGGGAACAAAAAUAGAAGCAAAUACCUACUCUAUUCACCAUGACGAGGUAUAUUACAAGAAUGCCUCAACCUUUGACGGACUCCGCUUCUACAGGCAGCGGCAGAACCCUGGCCAUGAGAAUAAACAUCUCUACGUCAGCGUUGGAAGGGGUGAUUUAUCAUUCGGGUACGGCAGACAUGCUUGUCCUGGACGAUAUCUCGGCCACCUCAACAUUAAGCUAGUUAUGGCGGAGCUCUUACGGAAAUACGAUUUAAAGGCAGCAGGUACUCAAACACCGAAAAGUCAAGCAUUUGAGGCUAUUGUAUCGCCAGACGCUGAUUUUAAAAUUCUGAUGAGAAACAGAGAACUGUAG